AGUUUGGAAGUUGGCAAGUCAUUUGCCAAUAUCUAAGUGUUCAAAGAGCAUGGCGAAAUAUUCUUCAGGGUUUUUCCUUUUUUGCAUAACCCUGGGGUUAAUGUUCGAAUUGAGCCAACAGGCUUCAGUUUCAAAGAGGGAUUACUAUACGGCUGGUGUGGUGGAGUUCAGGCCCUCGAAUCUAGUGUCCGAUAAUCUAGCCGCCUAUUUGGAGAUCAUUCAGUCGAAAAAUGCCAGCUUCACGGAUAUUAUUGUGUUCCCCGAGAGCACCCUCAACGAUAUGGGUGCCACGAGCUUUGUGCCCAAUCCCGAGCAUCUGAUAAAUCCCUGCUUGAGUGAUCCGAAAGCCACUUAUUACGAGGACUUUCUGGUGAUCCUGUCGUGUGCGGCACGCAAUGCCAGCAAAUAUAUUGUGAUAAAUCUGACGGAGAAGCAAAUGUGCGAGGAUGUGCCGGAGGAUUCGAGACCCUGUGCUUUGGAUGGCUUCAAUGUGUUCAACACCAAUGUGGUCUUCGAUCGCCAGGGAGUGGUGGUGUCCAGAUACCGAAAGGUUCAUCUCUACGGCGAGCCCAAGAACAGCACCUUCCGGCCGGAACUGAGCACUUUCGAGACGGACUUCGGGGUCACCUUCGGGCACUUCAUCUGCUUCGACAUCCUGUUCUACACUCCUGCCCACCAGCUGGUGGAUCAGGGAGUCACGGACUUUGUCUACCCGGCCAUGUGGUUCUCCCAACUGCCUUUUCUCACAGCCGUUCAGAUCCAACUGGGCUGGGCGUAUGCGAACGAUGUGAAUCUGCUGGCGUCCGGGGCAAGUGAUCCCGCCAUGGGAACCAGUGGCUCGGGGAUUUACCAUGGACGCAGUGGCUCAUUGGAGAGGGUGAUGCGCCAGGAUGCCGGGGAGCGGACCAUAUAUGUGGCGCAGUUGCCCAAAUACAAGGGCCGGAGGCGGAUGAAGAGGGAUCUCAGGGAUCACCAGGUGGCCACCGGUUCCAGAUUCAACAUAAAGCGCGAUUAUCUGGAGAAUUUCAGCAGCGAGGAGCUGCCAGUUGAAUCCGGAAAGAAUGGCCAUCUCAGCAAGAUUCUAUGCCACGGUGACUUUUGCUGUCACUACGACUUGGCCUGGAGAUCCCUGGCAAAUCCCGCAGAGAACUCCAGUUCCUAUAGCUAUCGAAUUGGAAUUUUCGAGGGUUGGCGCAAUGAAAAGCGACUGGAUGUGAAUUAUAUACGCAAUUGUGGAUUGUUCACCUGUUCGGGGAAUUCCAUAGACGAUUGUGGUCGGCUGCUGCCUGACCUUGAGCAUCCGCUGGUGACCUUCACCCAUCUGGAAAUCAGGGUCACCUAUCCACAGUCACGGGAGUUCCUUCUCUUGCCCGACACCCUGCUCGAUAAUCUUCUGCCUCUGGAGCCGAAAUAUUUCGAAUGGUCUCGACAGCAGACCUCCGAGGAGGGCCACCAAGUGCGAUUUGGCUUAAGGCAAUCGCAGGAGGUCAGUAACCUCUUGACCUUUGCCAUUUAUGGCAACUACUACUACAACGAUUGCACUUUUGGUGUGGGCACCGUCGAGGAGCAAUUGGCCUGCGGUUUCAAGCAUCCUAAAAUAUAAAAAGGAUCCAGUAAACAAUGAACCCCCAAUGACAUUAAAAACUGAGAAAUUUGAUUAAAAAUUUGC